CUUCCUCCCGCUCCCUUCGGCGCCAUGGACGAACAGAGGGAAACUCUGCAAAGGAUUGUCUCUACCCUAGCAAACAAGAAUGAUGAAAUUCACAACUUUAUUGACAUCUUGAACUACACAAUAAAGAAUGUUCAGGUGAACUCUUCUAGUGCAAUCAGUGAGUUGGAUGAAGAAUUUGAUCGUCUGUAUUCUGUAUUGUAUGAGAUGAGCGGGACUAUGGCCAACACUAUUCGGCAAGAGGCCGCCCAUAAAAUUCAGGCUCUACAGGAUCAGCUUAGCCAAUGUCGUAAUGCCCUAGAGAGUUCUGAAGAGCUGCUGGAACUUGCAACUCAGUCACUGGACAUAAAGGACCCUAUGGAGUUCUUAAAGGCUGGCAGAGAGAUCAAAGAUAGAGUCACUGUGGCUUCAGCGUUCCGCCUGUCUCUGAAACCAGAGGUCAGUGAUAGUAUGACUCACUUGAUGGUGGACUUCUCUAUGGAAAGGCACAUGCUCCAGGCUAUGAAAUUUUUGCCAGUCCCUAGAGCUCCAGAGAUAGAUACAGCAGCCUGUGUGGUUGCUGAUAAUUGCAUAACAGUAUCAUGGAGAAUGCCUGAAGAAGACAGCAGAAUUGAUCAUUUUGUACUGGAGUAUAGGAAAACCAACUUUGGAGGCCUUCCUCGAGUAAAAGAUGAACAGCACUGGGAAGUGAUUGACAAUAUUAAAGCUACUGAAUAUACAAUAUCAGGUCUGAAAUUUGAUAAGAAAUAUGUGAAUGCUCGAGUAAAAGCUUGCAACAAAGCCGUGGCAGGGGAAUACUCUGAUCCUGUGACUCUGGAAACCAAAGCAUUUGUGUUCAGUUUGGACAGUACUUCAUCUCAUCUAAACUUGAAAGUUGAAGACACCUAUGUUGAAUGGGACCCUACUGGAGGUAAAGGCCAAUUAAAAAUAAAAGGGAAGGAAAAUAAAAGCAGUGGCCAGAAUCUUCUGCUGAAGAGCAGUAGAAGAAGUGGUGCACUUUCUCCAAAGAGGACAUUUGUUGGACCCUCAGCGAGGGGCGGCAGAGAUCGUUUUACUGGUGAAUCAUACACAGUGUUAGGAGACACCACUAUUGAAAGUGGACAGCACUACUGGGAGGUGAAAGCCCAAAAGGACUGCAAAUCAUACAGUGUGGGAGUAACCUAUAGAAACCUGGGGAAAUUUGAUCAGCUGGGAAAGACUAGUUCAAGCUGGUGCAUCCAUAUCAACAACUGGCUGCAAACUAUACUUUCAGCAAAACACAAUAACAAAACAAAGACUCUAGAUAUAUCUGUUCCAGACAGGGUAGGAGUAUACUGCGACUUUGAUGGAGGUCAGCUUUCAUUUUAUAAUGCAAACUCAAAGGAGCUGUUAUACACCUUCAGAACAAAGUUUACCCAGCCAUUAUUACCAGGCUUCAUGACCUGGUGUGGUGGGCUUACAGUGAGUACUGGAUUGCAGGUGCCAAGUGCUAUUAGCAUGGUCCAGAAAAGUGAAAAUAGAUUGAGUGGUUCAACAAACAGUCUAAACAAUAUUGCCUACUAAUGUCUGAUAAACACUUCUCUUGCUGAAUGUUUUUUUUUUUUUCCUGUGUAGCUGGUACUCACAGAAGCUUGUGAGCACUGGAUUACACUAGGUUUGCUACCUACUGUUGUUUAAGGCCUGGGUACUGAUAGUGCAAAGUUUUGGGGCUAUAGUGUUAAUAAAACCUACUGUGAAUUAAGAGAAAUGUCAGAAAACUGAAAUGUUGCCCUUUUGAAAACAAUAAGUGAGAAAUCAAAAGCUGUAACUUAUGUACUUUUCUAAUACUGUAUUUAAACAUUUUGUUAUGGACUUGAGUAUUUUUAUUUUUUUAUGAAGAGUAAAUAUAAUUAAUACCAUUUUCUUAGCUGUCCUAACAUAAAUUACUUCAUUAUAUUAUUACUAGGCUUCCUGUUAGAACUUGUGAUGUGAAACAUGUGUUUCAAAAGGAUAUUUAUUUGAGCCCAGGCACACAUUUUUGCUAGCUGCUUUGACUAGCAAGCCUAGUGAGGAUUCCUGGAACUUUCUGAAUAACCAGGUAACUCCAAAAAUUGCAUGAUUUUUUUUACCCA